UUGUGACCUACAAUACCGGAUAUCCGGCGACUCCAUACACGUUGUCUCUAGCUCUCAAAGGAAUAGAGACCGUAGCAGCGUUUCUUUCUUUUCUGAACAGGCGCAGUCCGAGAGAACUCGCAAAAGGAGUAAAAGGCUCCUACAUAACCUGUAACUAUCAAUAUAUUGUAUGAGUCAGAAGGUAGAAAAACCAGUAUUAUCGGGUCAACGGAUCAAGACCAGAAAAAGAGAUGAGAAAGAGAAGUACGAUCCGAACGGUUUCCGCGACGCUCUGGUGUGCGGACUGGAGCGCGCGGGCGGUGACCUGGACGCGGCAUACAAGUUCCUAGACGCUGCCGGCUCCAAGCUCGACUAUCGCCGCUAUGGCGAGGUCAUAUUCGACGUGCUCAUCGCCGGGGGGCUGCUGCUACCCGGCGGCUCAGUGUCGAUGGACGGGGAAAGCCCUAAGACCAACACAUGUAUCUUCAACGCCAGCGAAGAUAUGGAGACUAUGCGAAACUUCGAACAAGUAUUCGUGAAGCUAAUGCGUCGCUACAAAUAUCUAGAAAAGAUGUUUGAAGAGGAAAUGAAAAAGGUUCUAGUUUACUUGAAAGGCUUUGAACCGUUACAACGCAUCAAAUUGGCGCGUAUGACUGCACUAUGGAUUGGUAAUGGCUGCGUACCGCCGUCGGUGCUGCUGGUCUUGGUGAACGAGCACUUGCUCAAGGACAAUCUGGCACUAGAGUUCGUGCUGGAGGUAUUCUCGACCGUCAAACAGGAGCGUGGGGUGACCUCGCUUGUCACCGCGCUCAAGAAGGGCCAGCUGGAGGGCAGACUGCUGGAGUUCCUUCCGUUGAAUCGUCGCAGCGAAGAGGUGCUGGCGUCGUCCUUCGCCUCUCGCGGGCUCGCAGAACUACUGCGGCUGCAUCGCGCUCAGGCCUCGCAGGAGGCUCGUCGCGAGCUGACGCAGGCGCUGCUGGAGCAGCUGGCGGACGAGCGGCCCGUGCGCGACCUCAUCGCCGAGCUGCGCGACAUGGCGGCGCGCCACGACAUCCCCGACCACGAGGUCGUCGCCAUCAUUUGGCAAUGCGUGAUGUCCCGGGGCGAGUGGAACAAAAAGGAGGAAUUAUUGGCCGAGCAAGCGGCGAAGCACUUGCGCAAUUAUACGCCACUGUUGGCCGCGUUCGCUCAGUCCGCCAAGGCUGAGAUCGCGUUAUUAACAAAGGUCCAAGAGUACUGCUAUGAGAAUAUGAGCUUCAUGCGGGCAUUCAGCAAGCUGGUGCUGAUGCUGUACAAGACCAACGUGCUUUCCGAGGAGGUGAUUCUCAAGUGGUACCGAGAGCCCAACUCCAGCAAGGGCAAGAUGAUGUUCCUCGAUCAAAUGAAGAAGUUCGUCGAAUGGCUUCAGAACGCCGAGGAAGAAUCUGAGAGUGGCGAAGAGGAAGAUUAGUUUAAGGGCAGCGAGUGAGACUGAACACAUAGCACCGUCCCACACAUCAUCACCAGCCGAACGACCGCGACCCGACCACCGCCGCGACCACCACGUGACCAUGUGACCGCCGCGGUCGCCGACCUCCACAUACGAUAACAAUAACUGACAUAAUAAACCGUUAGCACAUAGCGACACGUGCGGGACGUUUUCUACAACUGUAUAUUAUUCAUUUCUAAAAUAACAUGUUGAUGAAAUACAAUAUUUUUUAUUCAAUUUUUUUAGUAAAAUUCAAAUAAAUGGUGGCAACACUG